AUGGCUCGUCAACGAAAGGAAAAGAAGGCCAAGGACAUCAAGCUCCGCCAGCCCGACCGGUCAGCCCCUACCGAUAAGACGCUCCUGCAGAUCGCCGAGGAGAGGAACCUGUUCAACAUGGCAGACCAACAGCAGCUCAAAAACAAUAAAACCAAGGUGGCGGUCGGUGAACAGAAAGAAGGACGCCAGAUGAAAGCCGAGGGGGGCGAGGAGGAGGGAGACUCCGACAAUGUCCUUCCUCCCUCGGCAGACCGCUUCAUGGAAACAAUUCUCUACGCCGUGUGUCUGGCCAUGUUGCAUUUCACCCUCGACUACCUCGUCCAACAUCAGUAUGCCAUGGAGAUUGAGAUGCACAAGAUCAUAACGAGGGCCAUUCAGGCUCUAUCUUCGCCGCCCUCGUCCACGCUCUCCAUCCGCAUGCUGCCAACACCACCUUCAUCCCCGGCCUCCCAGCGAGGUUUCACCACGCCGUACGCCAGGCCAUCUUCUUCGUCACCAGCCUGGCAUCUGGUUGCUACUUGA